UGCACGAGCCUUCAAUAUAUUCCGAAGCAGUCCGGUCCGGUGGCGGCCAUCGAAGGUCGUCCUGCAUGAGCUUCUUCCAAUAAAUAAUAAACUCCAGCGCACGAAGGCCGUCCCUCUGGCGAUCGCAUUAGGCCUCGCUCUUUGCGGCACCUCCUCGGAAUCUCUCUGGGAUUUGCGCCUAUCAUGACCAACUAUGAUUACGCCCCGAAGGAAGAGAGCGGCCAGGGCUCAUCUGCACAGUUUUUCGUUUCUGCAAGGUACAUUAAUUGGGCAGGGUUCGUCGAGCAGCUAUACUCGACCGAUGCUGAGUACACUUUGACACCAAACCAAAUUUGUAUUCAGUGCAAAUCACAGUACAACUUAGCCGUUCGCCUACACCACAACUUAUGGAAUGAAUGGCAAUCUUUCGGAAUGUUGCAACGAGGCUUAGGCAUGUUACCGUUGCCCAAAUACAUUAGAGACCAUUUUAUCGUUCACGGAAUAACGAAGAAGUCCCGUGAUGUGGUAAUUCCCUGCCAGUGGGAAGGAUGCUCCGCAGAACUUGCGCGAUACAAUUUUGUUCGCCAUAUUCGCGAAAAAACACCUAGGGAAUCUGCGGUUCACCCCUCCGAGAAAGAACGCAGACAACGCACUUUCAGCGCCUAA